CCUGGAUCCGACCAUGGCCUUUUCAGCAUUAAAGAUGACUCCCUUUUUAGUAGGUUUUAUUUAUUCCGCUUUGCUCUUCGGACAGAUAAUAUGCGAUAAUGACACUGAAGAAGACGAGCAUGCGAGGCACACUUACACAGUGGAAAUGUUCAACCAUGCCAUCCCUACCGCUCCGCACUUUGUGAUGUUCUUCGCCCCAUGGUGUGGACAUUGCCAAAGGUUACAGGGCACAUGGAACGAGCUAGCAGACAAAUACAACAACAUGGAGUCUCCCCCCAUCUAUGUUGUCAAAGUCGAUUGCACCAAAGACACAAAGUUUUGCUCCAGUGAACACGGCAUCAGGGGAUAUCCUACACUGAAGCUCUUCAAACCUGAACAGGAGCCAGUGAAGUAUCAGGGCCCCAGAGACCUGGAGUCUCUAGAGUCCUGGAUGCUGAAAACCCUCCAGGAGGAACCUGCUGAGCCAGAGAGCGAACCAGAACCGCCCAAAGUGCCGGAACCAAAGCAGGGCCUGUAUGAGCUCACCGCCUCCAACUUCAAGAGCCACAUUUCCACAGGGUCUCACUUUGUGAAGUUCUUUGCGCCGUGGUGUGGGCACUGCAAAGCCAUGGCCCCCACCUGGGAGCAGCUGGCCACCACCUUCGAACACUCCGACAACGUCAAGAUCAGCAAGGUGGACUGCACACAGCACUAUGAGAUUUGCUCCGAUAACCAGGUCCGCGGAUACCCCACUCUGCUCUUCUUCAAAGACGGGGAGAAGGUGGACCAGUACCGGGGGAAGCGGGAUCUGGACUCUCUGAAAGAGUUUGUGGACGGUCAGGUGAAGGCUGCCGUGGCCGCUGAGGCAGAGCCCGCCGCGGACGGCGCUCAGGCCAACGAGAUCCCGCAAGGCGCCGAGACGGUCAAAGACGAGUCCAAAGUCGUCAUCCUCACCGAAGCCAACUUUGACGAGACCGUCGCCAAGGGACUGACCUUCAUCAAGUUCUAUGCCCCGUGGUGUGGUCACUGUAAGAAUCUGGCUCCAGCCUGGGAGGACCUGUCUAAGAAAGAGUUCCCGGGCCUGACUGAUGUGAAGAUUGGGAAGGUUGACUGCACUGUGGAGAGGACACUGUGUAACAGGUUUUCAGUGCGUGGGUACCCGACGUUGCUUAUGUUCCGGGCGGGGCAGCAGGGCGAGGAGCAUUAUGGCGGGCGGGACCUGGAGAGCCUCCACAACUUCGUGAUGAAGCAGGCCAGGGACGAGCUGUAGCUCCGCCCACAUUUCCCAGCAUCCCCCUCUCUCACUCACGUCGGGCCACUUUGGGCGGGGGGGCGGGGGGGGGUUGCUCGCCUGCCCUCUCUCGCAAGGCAAGCGUCUCUUUCAAAACUCCACUUUGAGAGGAGGGACACCAGUGGACCCCCCCUCGCCCCCCCCCUUUCUUUCUUUUCCACUUAAUUGCCUUGUGUUCGAAGGCAGUCAAACUAUUAUUGUUUUUUUUGUUGUUGUCGUUGUUGUUGUUCAUUUUUUUUUUCCUCGCGUUUAUGAAAUGUGAAUGUAUUGGAUAUCAUGUGGGCUGAUUUUUACAGUGAAACAAUCAAGUGACUGAAAAAAAAACCUGACAUUUUCAUUACUUCUCUCGUUCUCUCUCUCCCUCUUAAUUUUGACAUAUGAUCAUUUAUAAAGCCUCUCACUCCGCCUCUGUUCUCUAAACACUUGUUGAGCUUUGACUCAGGUAAUGUCACCCCCCCUUGGGGGAGGACCCAAACACAAACGGAGGGUGUGAAAACGGCUACACUCGAUCAAAUCUCGUCGGCACUGCGAUGACCGCCCGCUAACAAGGUUUCAGCACGCCUCUCUCUGUGGUCUGUUUCAUCGACUAGAGAUGUUUACACGAAACAACUAAUCGUGACUCUCCACAUGUUAAGAGUCUGGGAAUAUUUGUUCUUGAUUUGGUCAUGCGUUUACGUCUGUUAAUCACCCCCUCGCCCCCCCCCCGGCAGACUAACUCUGAGGAGGUCUGUGUCUGGAGAGCCGUGCGUUUAGACGUUAAUUAAAGCUCUCUUCAUGUCCUUUACCUUCACGCAGUAGCCACAAAACUGCGCUUUUUGUCCGUGUGGAGUUCUCGUUAUAAAUGUAAAUGGUGGAUCUAUGGAAAGCGACGCAAUGGUGUCAGAUUUGGUUUCUUCAGCUGGUCGCUCUGUAUGUGCGCUGGUGAUUCACCAAAGUGUGGGUUUGCGAUGACAUUUAAUCAGUGAGGGUUAGGUCUGUGUGUGUGUGUGUGUGUGUGGUUCAGUUUAGAUACUGUAAAUUGGAAAGGUCUUUAAUAUCUUUAAAUAUCUGCGGUGUGUCUGACGGUUUUUAUCGGUUCUUCUUUCAGAGACGUCUCUGAGUCGGUCAGUGUGACUGAGACUGAGAGAAACUGGACUGAAAUAUUCCACUGAUAUUAAACCGACUCCUGUAUUUACCUCACCACAGACAGCGAGAGAGAGAGAGAGAGAGCGAGAGAGAGAUUUAAAUAAAGGUACUGAAAGAGCAAAAGAAAACCCAAAUCACUGAUAUUGUGGGUUUCAGCUUCCGUAGGCUUUUUUUUUUUUUUUUUUUUUUAACCUGUUCUCCGGCAACACUAUUUGUUGUGUCAUUUGGUUGAAAUCUCUGCCGUAGGCCUGUGACACGCCGCCCAGUCGUCAUGUGACCAUGUGUUUGUUUGGACGUUACGAGAAUUCACCAACAUUUCAGACCGUUUCAAAGCCGUCACUUCAGCGCUUUUUUUCUUUUCUUUUUCUCUCUCUCUCUCUCUCUCUCCUCCGUCUCUCUUCUCCUUCUCUUACUGUCUGCCUUGGUUAAUUCCAAACGCUCAUUUGAAAACCAUCGGUGCUGAGGCAGCACGGCCGUGAGGGGAAAACACACCCGCUUCUUUUUUUAAAUACCAGAGUCUUUGUCGCUGAAACCGUCUGGAACGCCAAUCUCCGCUUGGUCUCAGCGUUGGGGGUUUUUUUUGUUGUUGUUUUUUUUGUUUGUUUGUUUUUCCCCUGAAACCCAACCAGGCUGAAGAGUUAAACUGAUAACAACUGAAUACAUUAGCAAGAAAGAAGGGAAGGAAGAAAAAAGAAAAAAAGAAACACUUCUCGUCAGUUAAGUCUUUAUGGAUAGCACAUGGUUUAGGCAGGACUCCAGUGAAAGAA